AACGACGGCGACUAACGAAACCACGGAAAAUCCCUCCCAGAAGAAGCCACUGUUCGCGUCACUCGGCUGGUUCGCUCGGCACGCGGGUUUGUGACGCCUCUGGACGCCGGUAAACGCAUCCGAUUAAACGUGGGAGCACGCGGGAAAGCAACAGUGUUUAGCCACCUAGCCCGAGUUGCCAGUGCCGGGUUGAAUGGGACUCUUCUCCGACGGAACGUUCGCUCGGGCAGCAGGAUACCCUCGAGGACGAUCGGACGGGCAGUGACGCAGGAACGUCGAUUUCGGUAUGAUCCGCGAGGCGUGGUGAACCAGGGCAAGGAUACGGUUCGCUGACAUCGUUCGAGGAGGAGGAUCGUGACGAGGAGGUUUCUCGGAAAAGGGUGGAGCAGCUUUUUCAUCGUUUUUUAUCGUCGAUGGUCCCGAUUGGAUCCGGAAGAGAAGUACGCAGCAGGAACGAACGAACGAACUGAAAGUUGUGUCGCGGAUAGAUCGUGAAAGAGUGGUUUCGGUGGGCAGUGUCAGUGGCCGUCGCCAACAGGUUACACGAACCCGAUGAGUAUUUCGAGAAUUAUCGGCGAGAAGUCGUAAGAGUCGCGCUCGCGCUGCCAAGUUAUUGUCGCGGAGAAUGAAGAAGAAGUAUAAAAAUAACUGUCCCUGAGCUCGAGCUGAAAUGCACAACCGGCUGACCCCCGCGAAGCAGGACAUUCGAUUCAAGGGAGCGUGUGUUACAGCGUAUCGUAGCGGCCGGGGUUCGUCGCAGUGAAUCUCACGGAUCACGGCUCGUCGUUACGGAUAAACGCGAGCGCAUAUCCACCACGUGCCUUUUCUCGUCGUGAUCGAGAUCCACCAUUAUUCUCUCGUUUCCGGCAUCCACCGUUUUACUCCCCCACCGAGACGAACGGCCAUGACACUCGCAAUUUUUUACCAUCUCCCGGUACACGAUCUCGCGGUCGAGAAACAGGUGACUAGGUUCGGAAAGUCGGUAGCGUGUCGUCAUUAAACUCGUGAAACGCACCGCGAAGCACGUUUACCAGUUACUCACCAAUCGCCACCAUCAACUCCCACGUAUCCCUCCUCAUCCUCCUCCUUCACCACCUCAGUUUGUGGAAAUGUCCGCACAAUGCGCGUCUCUGAGACGUCCGUUGUUGUUCGUUCCUCCGGACGUGGAGAAGUUUGACUUCGAGCCGACGAGGUCGAAUCUCUACCGGAUUCUCUGCGAGGCGUCCGUCGCCGACAAGGUGCGGUCACUCUGGCCGAAAUCUACGAGACAGCUUUACAAUUUCUGCGAACACAUCGAAUCGUUGUCGCGGUGCUCGCGAUACGUUGUCCUUUGGUCCUGGCAAUAGAUCAGAGGGAAACGGAAUUGAACACGGAAAGGAGAAUCCCAGGUUCGAACGGCUGGUGUAGAUUGUGCGCGCAGUGUCAUUCGGAUUUGAGGAUAAAAAAGGGUGUUCUCGUGCACAAACGAAGCUCGAGAUCGUUAACGGUCACGCGUUUCCCAGAUUCGUCGGUACCUUGUUCUGAAAUUUGUGGGAACACCGUGUGGCGCAGGGUACAUCGACUAUAAAUAGAUGUUUUCUCGCGUGGAUCGUACGUCUUCGGCCGGGGCAGACAUUGGAACGGAGAUACGUACAGUGGGGCCUCGUGACACGCACGUCGCGAGAGGACGCGAUACCGACCUUCUCUGUGUCCUUGGAUCAACGGGUAGGAAUGAACCAUAAGUCACCGCUGCUGCAGCCUGCUCUGAUCUUUAGAUAUAUCUAGGAUAGACGAGAACCGGGUCCAAAGGAAGUCGAACCAAAGACAUCCAGCCUUUUUCAAAGGGGCGUAAGCGCGCUGACUCUGUCCAGAAUUGUAUGCCCGAAUUUUCUACUAUCGAAACACCAGGAAACAACGAUCGUCUCGCGUAGAAGAAGCAAUUUAGGGGAUGUUCCUCGAACCGAGAGCCAAAGGCACCACACGUCACAGUUAAGUGGAAGUUCCUUGGUGGCCACUUCUCCUCGUUUACUAUCCAACUUCUUUUGUACGUACGUAACAAGUCUAAAAGCUGAACGAAAAGGAAUACUGUCGUCCGACUAGCAACGAAUCUUCUUCUUCUUGUUCGUUUUUUCGUUUCUCGCCUGUCGUUCCUUCGCCAAGAACACACAGGGCACAGAAACGAACUGUGACGAGCGUCGCCGUUAUUAGCUGGUGCUUCUCUCUGUCCUCGAUAAUCAUUAUGCUCAACUCGUGCUGUGCUUUUUUCUACCGUGCUUGUACGCAUGCUGCGAGUGUUUUCUCAGUGCUGUAGUGUUACGCGUUAAUUAUCACACCGGGCUUAACGAGCCCUCGAUCGAACGCCAAACGUCUCGUCGGCCCAGGUACCUGGGAAUAUUCCUGAGAUGCCUGUUCGACGAGGUCACGUGGCACCUAGGACAACGAUCAUCGAAACCAUCAUCAGAAAGUUCGACACCCACGAUCGAAGUUUUUUAGUGGUCAACGCUCAACACGGACUAUGUCACAUAAUAUACUGUUCGGACAGUUUCUGCCGGUUGACGGGCUUCUCGAGGGCGGAAGUGAUGCAGAGACCGGCAAUCUGCGAGUUCCUUCAUGGGCCAAUGACGUCGCCCCAUGCGGUCGCGGCUCUUCGCGACGCCCUCGCCGCUGGCGUCGAAAAGCAUUUCGAGAUCCUCUACUACAGGAAAGACGGCACCAAGUUCUUGUGCAGCGAAGUGAUAGCACUGAUAAGGAGCGAGGUGGACGACGUCUGCUUGCAAAUCAUAAACUUCGAGGAUUUGAGCUCCCAACCACCCCCGCCGCCUGCAAUUCCGCCCCCAAGUCAGACCAACAACAGGCUGGUCACACGCUAUUCAAUGACGUUGACUCGAGCAGUCGACUGGGCAAGGGCGUCAUUUCGUGCUGGCCUCUCCAGGACCGGUGUCGUUGGUCCACCGAGGGUCAGGAAUCGACCGAGAAACACGACCAACUUACCUCAUCGACUUGCUGACGGGACCAUCCUCGACGAGGACGCUUCUGAGAACUGCCCACUAACAUGUGGUUCGCCCACAAUGAUGGAAUCUUGGGGUCCUGGAAGGACUGGUACACCCCCGCCCGCUCUUCCACCUCCGCCAGCUGGGAGCAACAAUGGUGGUGCAGCGUUUGCAGUAACCGCAAACGUUGCACAGCCCAGCACUACAGCGCCGAUUGCCAGUCCCGAGGGGGUGAGCGACGUGUCCCAGAAGUCCGGGAUUUGGGAGGGCGGGAACUUCUCGUCGGCGGGGGGCGCGGAGGGCCGGUCGCGGAGCGUCUCGCACGCCGCUAGCUUGGACGCGAUUUCGAGGAGGGCCGUGAAACCGGAAGCAGCGAGAACGCCGUGUCGCAGCCUCACCUGCAGCGUUUUAGCGGGCCGAGGGAGCGAACACGUCACCCUCGAACGACGGCCAGCGACAGUCGAUAAUCUCACCGAAGCAACUAAACAUUCGAAAAUCUUUCCUGGUGUCGCAUCCGAAAGCGACUUGCAGAAAUGGCGGACAUCCAUGGACCGGAAAUCGCCAUCCCUCAGCCAGAUGGGACCGUAUUCCAUCAAACACAAAUUUUCCUUGCAGGACAACGGGUCUGCAAAAUACUUCCAAGGAGCCAUGCAUGCAUCGAACAUGGGAGAAAAGGUUGCCCAGGUGCUGUCCCUUGGAAACGAUAUCCUCCCAGAGUACAAAUUACAGUCUCCUAGAAUCGGCAAGUGGACCAUACUGCACUACUCACCUUUCAAGGCGGUUUGGGAUUGGGUGAUACUACUGCUCGUAAUGUACACAGCCAUAUUUACUCCAUACGUUGCCGCCUUUGUCCUGUCGGACUCAGAUUACAACAGCAGGAAGAACAAAAAGUAUAGUGAUGACCCCAUCGUCAUCAUAGACUUCAUAGUUGACGUCACUUUCAUAGUGGACAUCAUCAUAAAUUUUCGCACGACUUUCGUGAAUAGCAACGAUGAAGUGGUGUCCCACCCUGCAAAGAUAGCCGUCCAUUACCUGAAGGGUUGGUUCAUCAUCGACCUGGUGGCUGCCAUACCCUUCGACCUGUUCCUCGUUGGCUCCGAUACUGACGAGCUCGGCUUGGACAAGGACGAGACGACCACCUUGAUAGGACUCCUGAAGACGGCACGUCUUCUGCGACUCGUCAGAGUAGCUAGGAAGAUCGACAGGUACAGCGAAUAUGGAGCCGCGGUUUUGCUCCUUUUGAUGGCCACCUUCGCUCUUAUUGCUCACUGGAUGGCGUGCAUAUGGUACGCUAUAGGAAACGCGGAAAGACCAUCGUUAAAGAGCAAAGUCGGCUGGCUCGACAUUCUGGCCAACGAUACGCAUCAGUUUUAUUUUCACAACAACACCGGAGGCCCGAGUAUAAAGAGCCGCUAUAUCACAGCACUGUACUUCACCUUUAGUAGUUUAACGUCUGUGGGCUUUGGAAACGUGGCUCCAAACACGGACGCCGAGAAGAUAUUUACUAUAAUCGUUAUGUUAAUCGGAUCUCUGAUGUACGCCAGCAUCUUUGGUAACGUAUCAGCGAUCAUUCAGAGGCUUUACAGCGGCACGGCAAGAUACCAUACGCAAAUGCUUCGAGUUCGAGAGUUCAUAAAAUUCCAUCAGAUCCCGAAUCCGCUUCGUCAACGGUUGGAAGAAUACUUUCAGCACGCUUGGACCUACACGAACGGGAUCGACAUGAACAGUGUUCUGAAAGGAUUCCCUGAGUGCCUUCAGGCGGACAUCUGUCUUCAUCUGAACAGAAACCUUUUAAUUAACUGUAGAGCCUUCGAGGGUGCCAGUCAAGGUUGUUUAAGGGUAUUAUCGUUAAAAUUUAAAACCACACACGCACCACCCGGUGAUACAUUAGUUCAUAGAGGAGACGUGCUGACGUCUCUGUACUUCAUAUCGCGUGGAAGCAUAGAGAUAUUAAAGAACGACGUGGUGAUGGCUAUUCUGGGCAAGAACGACAUAUUUGGAGAGAAUCCUUGCAUAUAUCCGACCGUCGGCAAGUCGUCUUGCAACCUGCGCGCUUUGACUUAUUGUGAUCUGCACAAGAUACACAGGGACGAUUUGCUGGACGUUUUGGCCCUUUAUCCUGAGUUCGCCAAUCACUUCAGCCAGAACCUCGAGAUCACUUUUAAUCUGCGAGACGAGGAACAGGCCGGUGUCGAUCCAGUAUCAGCAAGAUUUCCUGUCAGCACUCCAACGGACGUUGACGUCGACGCUAGGAGAUUCGCUUUCCGUCCACCAAGAUACCGUCGAGGACUCGGAGGUCCUGGCACCAAUCUUAUCCCCACUGGUCGACAAGACUCCUUACAGGGUGAUCAGGAAGACUACGACAAAGCAAGUGGUCAUGGAAUUUUGGAGUUUAGUACCGAUAAAGCCGGCCAAGAUGUAACGCCUUUGAACCUGGAAUUCGACGAACCGAAGCAAAGGAGUUCCACCUUGAACUCUAUAACCGGCAUGCUAACCCAUCUCAAGCGCAGCAUACCGGACCUACGACAGCACAAGAUCCAUCUGCAGCCACUUACGAGUCACGAUUACCUCGCCAAGCAGAUGACCACGCCGUUGACGAAACCAGCACGGAGAAGCUCCGCAGCCGGCGAAAGCAGCCUCAGCCAGAACGUGGUGCAUCCGACGUCGACAACGUCCAGUCAUUACACCACGCCGUCGCCACCGCAACAUCCACAGUCUCAUGGUGACUUUCAAAGCGGACCAGGCCGGCCUAUAGAAGAAAUGAACGCCAGAAUAGACCAGUUGUCGAGGCAAGUGUCUUCUUUGGAGCACUCGAUGGCCGGAGACAUUAGAUUGAUCUUGACUUUGCUUCAACAAACAAUUAAUUCGUCGAGGGAAAGCUCUAGCAUCGAGAUGAUGCCUGGUACCGCUCCAGCUGGAACAGACAAACAAAGUAGUAGACCUCCGGCGUUGGUCCAACGAUCAGCCAGCGAACCACAGCCCCCAACGAUUCCGCCGCAGAGCAAUGGAAACGGGAAGAUCCAGCCCAGCACGUCUCACGGUUUGUUCAGCUUUCUUUCGAAAUCCCUGGAUCAGUUGCAUUUGAUUUCGGCGUCUUUUAUUUUGGAAAGGUUGGACAAGUUCCGAAGACCUCCGACGAGGGAGCCAACGGCGACGUCUUCGGGAACGUCACGACUGACGGUGACAUCCGACAUGUCAGCGUUGGCUACUGCCCUGCAGACGGCGUUGAACGGAAGAAUGGCACCGACGAGGUCGCAGAGCCAACCUGUUGAUCUGGCGGUCCCAUCUAACGCGCAGCAUGGUCAUUUGCCGCACGCGUGGCACAGCCAACCUGCUGCAUUUAGGAGAGGAGAAUUUAGAAGCGGGUACAGCUCGUUUAACAAACGUUCGGAGCCAGAAGGGGAUGAUCCCUGGAGUUGCGUGGUGUCCGUGUCGGAUCGAAGCGGCGUCCCACGUCCUCGAAGUAGCGAAUCUCGGAAGGAUCCAAUAAAUCACCGCGGUUCUAGCGAUCUAGCGAGCAGGGAUCAGCGUGUGGAGAGCAGGCAACCGACUCAGGAUGGCACAGGACAGGCGUCGGGCCCGCGACAAGAGUCCUCGAGACAAACCAGCGAAGACAUGUCCUGGGAGUUUACGAUAAACGAGGCGCCGAUCGCGAGAUUAGAGUCCUUGGAUGAGCUCGAUCAGGAUCAUGGUAGUUAAGACCAAGGUUUCGCUUCGUUUUGAAGUAAUUUCGGCUCGCUUGCGACUGAAACGCGAGAGCGUCGUCGAGCAGACGACUCAACUCGAUGACCAAUGAUCAUUCGGAUGGCUGUGGACUCCUUCCGUUUCCUUUUCGAAGGAUCUAGUCAGUGUGGCGCUAGGAUACGUAACGCGCCAGGCGCUCGAUUUUUUUCUAGAGAUCCUGUAAUCGAACUGUCAAAAAGGUAUACAAAUUUUUUUAUUAUAAAAACCAAUUUUGAUACUCGAAACACAAGCAAUUUGUUUCUAAGAUUUUCUAUCGGAAACAUCAGCACCUAUGGUACUUUAGCGAAUUUCGAACUUUAUUCGAAACGAUGGUUUCAAAUGCGUCGCGAUAUUGUGUUAUUGUUCGUGGCAACUUUUGUCCAAUUUUGUCAUUAAUUUAUUUUUCUACUUGUAUUAAAACCGUGUGUUUAAUAUUUUAAGUAGACUUACUUGAAUUCAAGUGUCACCUUUCUUUCAGCUUCUUUUUAAUACACUGUGUUACUAAUUGCGGAAUAACGUGAAAAUUAGUGACUUCAGUACUUUAUUAUGAUAAUAAUUUAUAGAAAAUACGGUCGAAGAAUUCGUAACUGCUAAAUUAUCGGUUCUGGAUGAGAAAUAAUUGUACAUUGUUUUUUUUUUAAUGUUUCGAUCAACUGCCGAAGGAUCGUUAGAAAAAAAUCGAUCGGCAGGCGUUCAACGAUAUCGACGUGGUACAUGCGAGACGUAAGCUUAAGGAGCGAAAAGACAUGAGAAAAGAGAGUGUGAAUAGAGAGCACGAGCAGCGUUGCAGAAUAAAACGAAAGUUCAAUACACACAAAUACACACAGUUCCGUAACAUCAUCUCUUAAUCCGACCGCAGAAGCGAGAAAUUGCCUUCGAGGUUUCUACUCUCGUAUCGAUGUUAUUUCCUCCGAGCAAUUUUGUAAUUGAAUUACUGAUAUACACGUAUCUACACACAAACAAAAAACACACGCGUAUAUAUUUAUAUGUAUAUAUAUAUAUAUAUAUAUACAUAUAUUCCCAUCGAAGGAGCGUGAAACGUGUGAUCUUUUCGUUUCUGGAUAAUGAAAGCUUUCGUAGGUCGAUGUUGCGAACGAUUUUCGCGGGAAAAAUAAUGUAGACGCGACAUAUAGUGGGGAUUUAUAAUAAAAUAAUGAAAGUACAAGACGGCGGAAGAUCGACUUUCGUGAAAUUAAAAAUAAAAGUAAAAAAAAAUAGAAAAGUUACGGCGAGUGGGGAGAAAGCGGAGCUCGUGGAAUUUCUCGAAUUUUUCGGAGUCCUUUGCAUCACGGUGAAAACGCGUAGUUAUUGAAAAAUUAAAAUAUAUUGACUGAGAGAGCACCUUUUUUUAAUGCUUAUAGGCGACGUUUAAAAUCGAAAUAAAGAAAAAAUUUAACGAGGAGGAGACUAAAGAAAUGUAAAAGUUUAUCGGAGCGUACGAUGGCAUACAUUAAAUAACGUUGCGACUUUCGAGAGAUCAUACGUGUAAGUUCAGCAAGGGCAUUGUCUGUGAAUGAAAAUGUUAAACAACUCCAAAAAAAAGAAAAACAAGAAACAUUUAAACACGAGAAACAAUUCUGAGUGCCACCUACGAGCAAAACUGGAAUGUCCUUUAUACAGACAAAGAAACAAUUAACGAGAAAAUAUGAGGCUAGGGAGAAAUGGAAGAUUAUUCAGAAGAGAAUUUAGAUACUUACUAAUAUUCUUACUAUUAUUAUUGUUAUUAUUAUUAUUAUAUUAUAUUAUUAUUGCCAUAAAGUAGGGAAGAAACGCAAGCGCGAUGGAG